CUUCUUACAACUUUCUGCCAUUGACGAAUUGAUUACUACUGCUGUUUUUCUUGCAAACAGGAUCAACAGGCUCAUGAGAUACCGAACUCCAUAUCAUUGGCAGAUUUCACUAUUGGCGACACAGUGUGCAAGUGUGCAAGCGUUACAAUUGCACGACUCCCGUGUAUACGUCUGCACGCUCGAAUCAAGUUGGGCCUUGAUUGCAGGAUAUAUUGCUGUGUUUGAAACCCAAGGCUACAGACUUGCCGGUCUGAGGAAUUUAAGAUUCUCGAACGUCCAAGGCAAAUCUUGAGGAGGGAAAUUGGCUGGUGUCAUUGAAUUGUCCAAGUUCAGCACCAAGGACAACUGUGAAGACCCCGGAAUAGGAUUUGGGGUGGAAUCAUAUUGCGGGGUGUACGAGCUACUGUGGAAAUGUCGGCGGCGACUCUGGACGCGUCGAUUCCGCAGAACAGGGCCUUGUCGGUCGAGGAGAAGGAUAGCAGGAUGGUGGAAAGAAAGGAUACCGAUGGGGAUGUUGCUAUGACGAUGGAAUACAAAACUGUCGAGGAGGAUGUGCAGAUGGUUACGGAAGACAAACCUACCGCGGAGGACGUUGAUAUCACAAGGGAACAAAAACUUUCAACGCCUGCAUCUCCUUCGUCUGCCUCGGUUUCGGCCCACGGAUCUCGAAACGGCAGCAUGCCGCCCGAAAGCACUGCUUCCAGUCGACUCAGUUCACCUGAGCUGAGUGAUAUCGAUUCAACAAAAUUCGAUGAUGCUAGCGAUGACGAGAAACCCACGCCUGUGAAGACUGAUGCCAAUGGCGAAUCAGUCGCGGGCCCUUCCAGCCCUUCCGCCCCUCCUACAAAGAAACGAAAGUUGACAUUCGCUGAGAGAGAAGAAGCGAAGCGUGUAGCGCUAGCUGAGAAGGAAGCAAGGAGAAAAGCCAAAGAAGAGCGCGCGAAGGAGAGAGAGGAAAAGGAAAAGGAAAAGUCGGAGCAAAGGGCAAAGAAGGAGGAAGAAAAAAGGGCCAAGGAGGAGGAGAGGCGGAAAAAGGAUGAGCAGCGGGAAGAAAAACGGAAAGCCCGCGAGGUGGAAAAGUUACAGCGAGAGGGUGAGAAGAAGAAGAAGGAAGAGGAAAGACGAGCAAAGGAGCUAGAAAAGCAAAAGAAGGAGGAAGAAAAGAAUAAAAAGGAAAAGGCACAGUUACGUCUGAAUGCGUUCUUUGCAAAGCCAGCUCCGAAGCCAGCGGCAGAGUCCGGCGAUGCUGCGCCUGAAGCGCCUGCUGAAAGAACGGAACGGCCAAGAGCCGGAUCACCAGAGGCGCGCAAUUCGCCGUCGGGAUCACGACUCAGCUCGCAGUCUCCUGGAAAGACACGCCAGUCUGACUACCGACAUGACUUCCAAUCUUUCUUCCUGCACCCGCACACCAGAGUCGCACCGAUCAAUCGGUUCAGCAGGGAUCGUGAGGCCUUGCAGUGUGGUCGAGAAAAGAUUGAUUCAAGCUUACAGCAAGCUGAAUGCGAUCGACCGCCCCUAGAGCCGGUCAAUUUUGCAGAGUUAUUACACCUUCCUACCACACAGCGCUGUCCGCGAGGGAAAAAGUAUCCCCGUACUGCCCGCGUAAUUGCUCAGAUGCACGGUUCUUCAGAAAAUAAUCCGGUCGACUUGACCGGCUCAGGGGAUGGGUCCAAGGCGCGGAAACCUACCGAUAUGCUCAAGGACGUACCAUUGAAGUAUCUCAGGUUUGCGGAGGAUGUUCGACCACCGUAUGUCGGAACUUUUAGUAGACAACCUGGUGAUGAUUCAGCCCUCCGCCGCGGACGCAACCCUUUUCAACGUGCCCUGCCUGAGACAAAUUACGACUAUGAUUCCGAGGCCGAGUGGGUUGAGCCAGAAGAAGGAGAAGAGCUAAACUCGGAAGGAGAAGAAGAGCUGAGCGAAGACGACGGAGAUGAUCUGGAAGGUUUCCUCGAUGACGAGGGUGAAGGAGCAGGUACAGCGGUCAAUAAGCGGCGCCUACUCACCGGAGAUCUGGAACCUGUCUCGACCGGGUUAUGCUGGGCGGGAUCCCCAGGCGAUGGGAAGAAGCAGCGCGCAUCAGACCAUUUCAAUCUCCACGACUACAAAAUGGAGAUUAUUCACGAAAACCAUUAUUCCUCUAUCAACCCCUUCUCUACAGAAUACUGGCAGAAACCCGAACCAGUAUCUGUACCCCAUCCCGCCAGCGUCAGCCCCGCAUCAUCAGCAUCAGCCAAAAACAGUAACAAACUCACCGAUAUGCUCCGUCCUCCUCUCCACGCCGCAAGUCGACCUCAUCCCGGCAUCAAUACCCUCGGCGCAAGUCCAUUGCGGACAUCUUCUCAUAGCCAAGGUACCGAAAACGAGGUUGCGCUUGCGCAGCAGAAGCAGACUCCGUCGCGAGGUAGACAAGUCACGAGGAAGGCGUCCUUGAGUCCAGAAGAACUGGUCGAGUUCAAACAGGCUGUGCAUGGAAGCGACUUGACAAAGGCGGGGCUCAUUGAAGUUUUGAAAAAGAGAUUCCCUAAACAUUCCAAGGACAUUAUCAAAGAUACUCUGACAAGUAUUGCCCAGCGAGUAGGCACCAAGGAAGCAGACAAGCGCUGGGCCGUCCUCGAUGGUGUAUGAUUACUUUUUUCCCUCUUGUUCCUUCUCUCCC